AUGAGAUGUGAAAAUAAUAGGAAAGUGCAGGAGAAGGAGCAAGCACGGAAAGUUGAAUUUGCCUCUGGGGGAGCACAACCAAUAAUUAUAACUGGUGCUCUAAGGAUUAGUGUACCCGUUGCAGGUUUCUCUCUUCUCUCUACACGUGGCUUGCCUUUGAUGCCUCCUACUGUUGAGGCCGCUAAUCGUGAUGGUAGACUGAACAAAAAAUCAAAAUGGGACAAGGUGGAUGGUGAUCGUAAAAAUCCUCUGCCCUUUGUGGGGCAGCAUUCUGUGUCUACUGGCGGGGUUCAUGCUGCAAUUUUAUCUGCUGCUGGUGGAUACUAUGACAAUUGUUGA